AUGGAAUCAUUUGUUGUUCCUUGUAUUUAUCUUUCACAAAUUUCUUAUAUUAAAGCUUUAAAUCUCCAACGAUUUCUUGUUCAAAGUAAAUUGGAUAGUAUUUCUUCAGAUUUCCUUUUAUUAUUACAACAUCCCCCAACAUAUACUACGGGAAGAAGAGAUUUAAACAAUAAUGAUAAUAAAGAGACAUUACGUGGAGGUCAAACAACCUUCCAUGGUCCGGGACAGUUGGUUGGUUAUCCAAUAUUAAAUUUACGAAAUUUUGGGCUUUCUGUCCGAAAUUAUGUUUGUGCAAUUGAACAUGUAAUUAUUAAAACAUGUGAAACUUUUAAUAUUAAUGCCCAGACAACUGAACACACGGGAGUUUGGAUUGACAAUGAAAAGAUUUGUGCAAUAGGUAUUCAUAUUCAAAGGUUUAUGACAUCCCAUGGAUUUGCCUUAAAUUGUAAUAAUGAUUUAAGUUGGUUUGAUCACAUUAUUCCUUGUGGACUCGAAGAUAAAAAACAUACAUCUUUAACAAAGGAAAUUCUUAAGCAACCACCAGGAAAAUAUGAGAAAUAUGGGAAUAACAUUACAAUAGGAGAA